CGACGUCACCUCUAAACGUCAAAUUUGACAUUAUCAUUUAAAAAUUGCCAAUUAGUGAUAACAAUAUUGAUAACAAUGCUAUCUUUAUUACGAAAUCGCCUUAUACCCAUAUAUUUCAGCGUGGCUGUUUAUUACGUGAUAAUACCCAUUGGCUUCGUGACAAAGUGGUGGUUGACAAAUGAAAUUAUGGCCCCUAAUGGCACUAUUCUUGUAACUGGAGGCGCCGGUUACGUCGGAUCUCAUACAGUAGUUGAAUUACUUCAAAAUAAUUAUUCAGUUAUUGCUAUCGAUAAUUUGGUCAAUUGUUACGCUGAGAAGAACCAGAAGCCGGAAUCUUUGAAACGGGUUGAGCAGAUUACGAAAAAAACGAUCGUUUUUCAUGAUGUGGAUAUUAGGAAUAGGGACGCUUUGGAUAAGAUUUUUAAAAGCCAUAAAAUUGAUGCAGUCAUUCAUUUCGCCGCCUUGAAAGCUGUGGGAGAGUCAGUACAGAUUCCUUUAGCUUACUAUCAGAAUAAUAUUGCUGGAUCUAGUACACUUUUUGAGGUAAUGCAAAGCAAUGGGGUAAAGAAAGUCGUUUUUUCGUCGUCUGCUACUGUAUAUGGGAUUCCUCAGUUCUUGCCCAUCACUGAAGAGCAUCCCACAGGACAAAAUUGCACGAACCCAUAUGGGAAAACUAAAUAUUUUGUGGAAGAAAUUUUGAAGGACGUGUGUACGUCAGAUCCUGAAUGGAAGGUGAUUUUAUUACGCUAUUUCAACCCGGUCGGUGCCCACAGUUCAGGCCAAAUUGGCGAAGACCCAUCUGGGAUUCCUAAUAACUUGAUGCCAUAUAUUUCUCAGGUAGCUGUAGGGCGUAGAGAAAAACUCUCCGUUUUCGGCAACGAUUACGAAACCAAAGAUGGAACAGGAGUCCGCGAUUACAUCCACAUCACGGACUUGGCAGUGGGACAUUUAAAAGCCAUUGAAAAAAUGAACCAAAAGGACUUUAAGGGCUGGAAAGCAUAUAACCUAGGCACAGGCCAGGGUUACUCAGUAUUAGACUUAGUCAACGCAUUUAGCAAAGCUUGUGGAGGCAAAAUUAAGUACGAAUUUGCACCUAGAAGAGAGGGCGAUAUUGCCAGUAGCUACGCAGACCCAAGUCUGGCAAAAAAAGAACUUCAAUGGGUCGCUACGCGAGGCUUAGACGAGAUGUGUGUCGACACGUGGCGGUGGCAGAAGCAAAACCCGAACGGGUUCCAUAAACAAUGAUGCAUUUGUUUUAGUUGCAUAUUAUGAAUAUUUACACAGAGCAUUUAUAAAACCAGUGAUUUAUUCGUUUUAGUUAGAAGGGAACAUAUUGUAUGUAACAUAUUUAUACAAUCUGUGACGAAAAUAAAACAUAUUUUUUUAA